ACCGGAUGAACCCGCAGCUGCAGUUGUUUCACGUCAAAACAAUCCGGAAGACGAUAGAGCCUGACGGAACUAUUGUUGGAGCUAAAACGAGAUUAAGGCUGUCAUAAAAAAAAUACAAGGCUACUGUUUUAAACACGUUAGUGCUACUUAAUAAUGUAGUGGAAUAAAAGACAAACGUAGCGGCGGAAGCGAAGGCUGUCCACUGUGUUAUGAGUUAAAGUCAGUCAGUCCAGCUUCGCGUUUGAAUUCAAAGUCCAUGUUAAGAUAUUGCAGCAGAUCUAUAUAUUAAAGUGUUAGCUCAUCGAAGACAAUAUGGGAAAUGGAAUGAAUAAGGUUGUUGAUGGACUCUACCUCGGGAAUAUAAGAGAUGCAGAGAACAGAGAAAGUCUGGCCAAGAAUGGAAUCACCCACAUCCUGUCUGUGUACAACAAUGCUAAACCCGUGUUUGAGGACAAGACAUACCUUUGUAUUCAUGCUGCUGAUGCUUCCAACCAGAACCUAUCACAGCAUUUUAAAGAGUGCAUAAGCUUCAUCCAUGAAUGUCGCCUGAGUGGUGGAUCUUGUCUCGUCCACUGCCUUGCUGGUGUGUCCCGCAGCACUACCAUGGUGGUGGCCUACCUGAUGACUGUCACCCACUUCAGCUGGGAGGAGUGUCUGUCUGCAGUAAAGGCUGUUCGAUCCUUUGUCGGCCCAAACUAUGGUUUCCAGGAACAGCUGCAGGAGUACCAGACAACUCAAGUCUCAGAGUACCGAUCGUGGUUACAUUCAAGUUUCGAUCCCUGUCCUUUUAAUGACCAGGAGCAGGUGGGGGCCCUGCUGAGUCAGUACACGGAGCAACAGGAGAGCCAGCGGAGAGGAGCAGACCACCGCUGGAUAAAUCAAGGUGUAGGUGUCUCUGCUCUACCGUCCAAGCGUGAGGAUCCAGAAGGCAGCAGCUGAGAAAUGGGCCUCUGAUCAUGCUGAAGUCCUGCCUAGUGCUGUCUGUAAAUGGCAGUAGUUAUUAUUCUGUACUCAAUUCCAAAUCAACCCCAUACUCAACUCUGAAACAAGAAAUACCCCUUAAAGCCAAGCACAUCUUUCAUAUUUUAUCUGCAUCUGUUUCAUUUUUUUUUUAAUAAAUGGAGGUUGAUUUAGAAUUGGGACACAGACUCUAAGCCAAAACCAGAGUAUCGAUGCUCACAGACGCCUUACUCUUAACACUUCAGCACCUUAGCCAUGAUGAAUGAAGUGCAUACCUGCAAUGUUCAGAUCAGAAGCCUUAAAGAAGUGUCUGAUUAAUGCCGUCUUAAAGGAACAUUUUGUCUUCAAUUAUUCAGAUGUCUGGACUGCGUGUUGGAUAGGGAAAUCCACAAAUCUACAACCACCAACAUGUGGAUUUGUGACUGUGCAUAAUAUUUUGAGGGGGUACUACUUUGCCGUUUAGGUCCCCUCUUUGAUCAACACUGAAGUUCGGGAUAUUGCUUGAUGGUUUUACUGCCUUUCAAAUAUUUGAACACCCUUAACAUUGCUUGUACCAGUAAAAUACAGUCACAAUGUCUUUAGCAAAUGCACUUGCCACUUAAAAAUGUUGUGACAUCAAUAAAUAUCCGUAGCACAUCACUGCCUGUGUAGCAAACAGCAUUUGUUUCCACACAGUUGAAUACUCUUCCAACUCAUUCCAACUAUAAUACUUUUUGACUAAAAUGUCAAGCUACCUACUUAACCAAUGUCUGCAACAGAAUCCACCAGCAACACUGGAAACUAAUGAUACUGGUUAGCAGAGGACGAAAAGCUUUGAAUUGGCUCUGUCAUUACCCAGCCAACGAACCUGUUGCUGAGUUCUUUCUUAUCAGGGAGGACAAAAGAGAAAAAGUACAACAGACAAACCCUGUGUGGUUUUUCUACCAUCAACUGAUGUAAGAUAAGCCACUGGUGGCAUCUGAUGAUCAAUACAGUGGUUAAGAUAAUGGCCACUUAAAGACCCACAACUAGGAGUAACAUGUGAAGCAAUAUUCAAAUUUGGUAAAAUGUUCCUUUAAUACAUAGCAGCUUGAUUUGAACUACAUAAGAAGGUUCUCUGUAGUCCGAAUGCUAGCUGUAAUUUAUAUUUUCAUUGUGACAAAGCUGAUUUAUAUGUCAUUUGUGUUACAGAGUCAUGGUUACAUUUCGUUUUUUUAAUUAUGUAUUUAUGACGUUUUUGUUUGUUUUAUAAUAAAAUGCAGUGACGGACAAAGACCAUGGAAUACAAAUAAAUCUAUAAUAUCAACACUA